AAAAAUAGGAGGAGUUGUAUUACAGAUAAUUUCCGCUAUGUGUGUUAUUUGACAGUACUGUAAAGCUUGACGAGAAACACGCAGUUCAGAGGCCGUUGAUGGACCAGCCUGGUGAAGAGGCGGGGUUAGAAUGGGACAGAGCACCUCGGAACAAGAGGGCCAAGAACAUGCAAAUGCCUCUCUGGACGAAGGGUUUAACAACAUCAAGGCGUUAGUGGAGGACGAGCUACAGACUAGCAUGAUGAUGGGGAUGGUGAUUGGUGCGGGCAUCGCCAUAAUCCUCAUCGCCAUCCUCAUCUUCUUCAUGCUGCGGAGGAUCCAGCUCAGAAACCUGCAAGCCCAGGAGGCCCCCAAGUAUCGAUUCCGCAAGAGGGACAAGGUCAUGUUCUAUGGGCGAAAGAUCAUGCGCAAGGUAUCCCAGUCCACCUCUUCCUUGGUGGGCACAGCCUCCUCCACACGCCCACGACUCAAAAAGAAGCAGAAAAUGCUCAACAUUGCCAAAAAGAUUCUGCGUUUUAAGAAGGAGGUGCCCACCCUGGUAGCUAAGGAGCCUCCUCCCUCAGUGCUGGAGGCCGACCUUACAGAGUUUGACGUGGCCAACUCCCACCUGCCCUCCGAGGUGCUCUACAUGCUCAAGAACGUCCGUGUGCUGGGCCACUUUGAGAAGCCUCUGUUCCUGGAGCUGUGUAAACACAUGGUGUUCCUGCAGUUUCAACAGGGAGAGUACGUCUUUAGACCGGGCCAGCCUGACAGCAGUAUCUACGUGGUGCAGGACGGAAAACUAGAACUGUGCCUUACUGGAAUGGACGGCAAGGACGGUGUGGUGAAGGAGGUGUACCCCGGAGACAGUGUCCACAGCCUCCUCAGCAUCCUGGACGUCAUCACCGGACACCAGAAGCCGUACAGGACGGUGUCGGCGCGGGCGGCUGAGGUGUCCACCGUACUGCGUCUACCCGUCGAGGCCUUCCUCUCCAUCUUCGAGAAGUACCCUGAGAGCCUGGUGCGGGUGGUCCAGAUCAUCAUGGUUCGUCUCCAAAGAGUAACCGUUCUGGCGCUGCACAACUACCUAGGGCUCACCAACGAGCUCUUUAGCCACGAGAUGCAGCUCCUGCGCCUGCUGCCCCUGUCCCCCCACCCCGUGCCCCGCACCAGCCCCCAGCGCCACGGCAAGCGUUUCGGUAGCCUGACCGUGCCCGCGGAGGACCGCGAGGCCGCCGUGAAGGACGCAUCAGAUCCUGGGAAGGAUGGAGCCACAGUCCCACCAAUCCUCAGCAGGACCAUCUCCAUGCCUGUCGACAUCGCUGGCAUGCAGAAGAAUCUGCGGUCGGAUUUCGAUAUGGCCUACGAGAGGGGACGGAUCUCAGUUUCCGCUGAGGACGGCAACACGCCACCCACCUAUUCACGGGACCAGCGGGAGAGGAGGGUGACCGUAGACGAGGUGCCGUCGGGGGUGUACCUGUACCCCGAGGAGGAGGGGGGUCCGGAGAACCAGUUCUCGCCAGGACCAGGACCCGUCCCCGGUCGCCCCAGCCCUGCCCUGUUCGAGGAGGCCCUGAAGGAGCUCCUCAAACUCAUGAGGAUAGAGGACCCUGCUCUGCUGAAUGGGAGAGUGACUCUGCACCACGCCAAGGCAGGAACCGUGCUGGCUAGACAAGGAGACCAGGAUGUGAGUCUCCACUUCGUCCUGUCCGGCUGCCUCCACGUGUACCAGCGGAUGAUCGACAAGCAGGAUGCGGUGUGCCUGUUUGUCACCCAGCCGGGUGAGAUGGUGGGCCAGCUGGCCGUGUUGACUGGAGAACCCCUCAUCUUCACCAUCAAGGCCAACAGAGACUGCACCUUCCUCAAGAUCUCCAAGUCUGACUUUUACGAGAUCAUGAGGGAACAGCCCAGUGUGGUUCUGAGUGCAGCCCACACCGUAGCCAUCCGCAUGUCCCCCUUCGUCAGACAGAUGGACUUCGCCAUAGACUGGAUGGCUGUGGAGGCCGGCAGAGCCCUCUAUAGGCAGGAUGACCAGUCGGACUGCACCUACAUAGUUCUGAACGGACGUCUGCGUUCUGUUAUACGUAAAGCUAACGGGAAGAAGGAGCUGGUAGGAGAGUACGGUCGAGGAGACCUUAUAGGAGUGGUUGAGGCCCUGACCCGACAGCCCAGAGCCACCACGGUCCACGCGGUCAGAGACACAGAGCUGGUCAAGCUCCCAGAGGGAACGCUCAACAACAUCAAGAGGAGGUACCCACAGGUGGUCACCAGGUUGAUCCACCUGCUGGGACAGAAGAUCCUGGGGAACCUGCAACAGGCCCGCGGACCUUUCUCAGGUUCUGCCCUCGGCCUGUCCAGCGUAGCGUCCAGCCCUGACGUCACCAACCCGGCCAGUAACCUGUCCACUGUGGCCGUACUGCCCAUCUGUGACGAGGUGCCAAUCAACGCCUUCAACCUGGAGCUCAGCCACGCCCUCAGUGCCAUAGGACCUACCCUGCUGCUGACCAGUGACAUCAUCAGAGAGCGACUGGGGGCCUCCGCUCUGGAUAGUAUCCACGAGUACCGUCUGUCUGGCUGGCUGGCCCAGCAGGAGGACAUCAACAGGAUAGUUCUGUACCAGACAGACAGCAGUAUGACUCCCUGGACCCAGCGCUGCAUCAGACAGGCUGACUGCAUCCUCAUCGUGGGCCUGGGGGAACAGGAGCCUGCGCUGGGACAGUUAGAGCAGAUGUUGGAGAACACCGCGGUGAGGGCCCUGAAACAGCUGGUGCUGCUCCAUAAAGAGGACGGCUCGGGGCCCUCCAGGACCGUAGAGUGGCUCAACAUGAGGAGCUGGUGCUCUGGACACCUCCACCUCCGCUGCCCCCGUCGGGUCUUCUCACGACGCAGCCCCUCAAAACUGAGGGAGGUGUAUGAGAAGGUGUGUGAGAAGACAGCGGACAGACACAGUGAUUUCUCUCGGCUGGCCCGGGUACUGACUGGGAACAGCAUCGCUCUGGUGCUGGGAGGAGGAGGUGCCAGAGGCUGCUCCCACGUGGGAGUGAUCAAGGCCAUGGAGGAGGCAGGGAUUCCCAUCGACAUCGUGGGCGGGACGUCCAUCGGAUCGUUCAUCGGGGCGCUAUACGCCGAGGAGAGGAGUGCGGUGCGCACCAAGCAGAGAGCCCGCGAGUGGUCCAAGGCGAUGAACUCCGUAUUCAAAACCAUCCUUGACCUGACCUAUCCCAUCACCUCAAUGUUCACCGGCGCCGCCUUCAACACCAGCAUCUCCAAAGUGUUCCAGGACAAGCAGGCUGAGGACCUGUGGUUGCCCUACUUCAACGUGACUACUGACAUCACGGCGUCCGCCAUGCGUGUGCACCAAGACGGGUCACUGUGGCGCUAUGUGAGGGCGAGCAUGACCCUCUCAGGGUACCUGCCGCCCCUCUGCGACCCGAAAGAUGGCAACUUGCUUAUGGACGGGGGCUACAUCAACAACCUGCCAGCGGACAUAGCAAGGAACAUGGGCGCCAAGACUGUCAUCGCCAUCGACGUAGGUAGCCAGGACGAGACGGACCUCUGUAACUACGGCGACAGCCUGUCGGGCUGGUGGUUGCUGUGGAAACGGAUCAACCCCUGGGCAGAGAAAGUGAAGGUUCCAGACAUGGCAGAGAUCCAGUCCAGGCUGGCCUAUGUGUCGUGUGUACGUCAGCUGGAAGUGGUGAAGAAGAGUGCCUACUGCGAGUACAUCAGACCACCCAUCGACCGCUUCAAGACAAUGGACUUCGGCAAGUUUGAUGAGAUCUACGAUGUGGGCUACCAGCACGGCAAGCUGCUCUUCACCGGCUGGGCCCGUGGUGACAUCAUCGACAACAUGCUCAAGGACCACCGCUCGGCAGACUACAACGACAGCAAGACCAAGACGGACUCCUGUACGUGUCCAGGUUCAGACUUCACUGACCUGGCUGAGAUCGUGUCCAGGAUUGAGCCGGUCCAGACCUACGUCGAUCCCGACGCUGAUGCUGCUGAGGCGGGGGACGAGUCGGACUGCCUGACAGAGUAUGAGGAGGACGGGAUGGACACGGUGAGAGAAGAAGAGGAGGAGGAGGAAGAGGAGGAGGAGGAGGAAGAGGGGGAACAGGAACUCGAUGACCUCUCCCCCGGAGAGUGGGGCCAGAACGGAGUCUUCCAGGCAGAUGAGGAGAAGUCAGUCCGCCAGCGGAGGAAAACAGAAGGUGACUCCAACACCUACUCCGAGCUCUCCGACUGCUGACAGGAGGAGAGGAAAAAUUAAAAAGAGACAGGCUCUGGGUCCAAAAACUAAGAGGAGGUGGAAGAUGAGAGUUGGAUGUCGGGCAAUUUCUGCAGCUACUGUAGCUUAAAUACUUAUUUUUUUUCCUCAACCCUAAUCUACCACGCUUGAUUCUAAUAAUUAGCUGGUUUAUCAAAUAAAUCAGGUUAGUUACAUCAAGGGUUGAAAACCUACAGGAGAGCUCUCCAGGAACAGUGAUGGAGAGCCCCACUCUAACCCCUGACCCUUAACCCGGAAGCCCUUGGACCAUGAAUGGACCCUCUCCAAUCUGAAGAUGGACUCGACUGGGACCCCACCACUCUGUUUCCCUCCCACCACUCCACUCCUGCCAAAGCUGAAAUACUUUUAUUGGGGUGACUAAAGGGUGUCCCUCAUACCACAGGGAACACAUUAGUACUUGGUUGAAGUUAAACACCUGGUCUCUUUAAAGCUUUCAGCUCCAAUGCUUUGACUGUCUGUCUGCAUGUCCUGUCUGUCCAUAAUCAGGAGAGAUUAUCAUUGAUGGUACACUGUUCUCUGUUCAGACACACAUGGGUAUUACGUGGAUGGAAGUUGGAGAGAGGUGUGUGUGUCAUUACGAUUUAUUUGCUAGUAGUAGUAUUGAUGUUGAAUGGAGAGAGAGAUGUAAAAGACUGCUAAAGAAAUUAGAGGUACAAAACCGUUGCUGCGCACAAACGGUAGAAAGACUGAUGUAUACUGAACAAAAAAUAUAAAGACAACAUGCAACAAUUUCAAAAGUGUUAGGGAGUUAGUUCAUAUGGAAAUCCGUCAAUUGAAAUUCAUUAGGCCCUAAUCUAUGAAUUUCAAAUGACUGGGCAGGGGAGCAGCCUGGGAGGGCAUAGGUCCACCCACUGGGGGGCCAGGACCAGCCAAUUAGAAUAAGUUCUUCCCCACAAAAGGACUUUGUUUCCCCAGCUGUCAGGGUGUCUGGUUUCAGACGGUCCCACAGAUGAAGAAGCCGGAUGUUCAGGUCCUUGACUGGUCUGCGGUUGUGAGGCCGGUUGGACGUUCUGCCAAAUUCACAAAAACAACAUUGGUGGCGGCUUAUGGUACAGAAAUGAACAUUUUAAAUUCUCUGGCAACAGCUCUGGUAGACAUUCCUGCAGUCAGCAUGUCAAUUGCACACACCCUCAAAACGUGAGACAUCUGUGGCAUUGUGUUUUGUAAUAAAACUGCACAUUUUACUGGCCUUUUAUUGUCCCCAGCACAAGGUGCGCCUGUGUAAUGAUCAUGCUUUUUAAUCAGCUUCUUGAUAUGCCACACCUAUCAGGUGGAUGGAUUAUCUUGGCAAAGGAGAAAUGCUCACUAAAAGAGAUUUUAAACCAUUUUUUUUGCACAACAUUUGAGAAGUUUUUUGUGCGUAUUAAGAAUUGCUGGGAUGUUUUAUUUCAGCUCAUGAAACAUUGGACCAACACAUGUUGCAGUUUAUAUUUGUGUUCAGUCUACAUUAUUGGAUGUUGAAGUAGGGAGGUGAAAAUGUGUAGAGGAGAGGUGUGUGUCAAUGGUUUCCACCAUGCUUGCUACUACUGUAUUCUGCUUGUUCCAAGCAGAGGAUAACAAUGCCUUUUUAACCUGAAUUUAAUCGUUUAAAAACGAUGGAAGGGAGACUUUGCCAAUGGCCCUUUUAGUAUAGAAACCCCCCGCCUCUCCCUACUUGCCUAAUGCUUGCAUGGGGUCCUGUGUACCCCCUAAUGAACAAGUGUCAAACUCAUUCCACGAAGGCCAAGUGUCUGUGGGUUUUCGCUCCUUCCUUUCCUUGAUGAAUUAAGGUCACUAAUUAGUAAAGAACUCCCUUCACUUGGUUGUCUAGGUCUUAAUUGAAAGGAAAAACCAAAAACCUGCAGAAACUAGGCCCUCCAUGGAUUGAGUUUGACAUCCCUGCCCUUAAAUGGUCACAGAAUAAUUCAGUCUAAUCUUAGUAAUAACUAUAUAUACACAUGAUACAUACUUUGCACCUGUUAAUACUCAUAGAAAUGAUUUAUUAUAUACAUAUUUAUGUCUGUUUUUCUGCUGCAAAACUUGGGACUCUUUUCGCCUGAGAGAUGUCCUUCCUAAAUCCAUUCAAAUGUGCACUGAAUGUUUUUUGUUUGUUGCCAAUUUAGUUUUAUUUAUUUGUUUUGCUUUACCACUGGCUUUUUAAAAAGCCUUUUUUUAUCACUGAACAAAAAGGAGGGGAAAAAAUUCUAAUGGAAAAUUCUAAUUACGGACAUGAAUAAUGAACUGUACUGUCCUUUCUUAUUAGCUUGGGUUUUGCUAUUUUGCACUGAUGAAUAUAAAGAAUAAUUCCUUGGUUGGAAAGGAGAUUUGUUUUAUUUGCAUCUUUCUUAAGAUGCCCUAUGGAGACAGGAUGGUAUGGGAUGUCAUUUCAAUUUAAAGAAAUGUUAAAAUGCAUACUGAAUAAUAAAUCUAAAUUAUAAUGC